GAAAACCCAGACUCUGGCGACAGCGGAGACGAGGAUGUGCGUGGGGGCUCGGCGGCUGGGCCCGGGGCCGUGUGUGGCUCUGCUCCUCCUGGGCCUGGGGCUGAGCACCGCGACGCGGCUCCACUGUAUCGGGGACACCUACCCCAGCAACGACCGGUGCUGCAACGAGUGCAGGCCAGGCAACGGGAUGGUGAGCCGCUGCAGCCGCUCCCAGAACACGGUGUGCCGUCCGUGCGGGCCGGGCUACUACAACGACGUGGUCAGCUCCAAGCCGUGCAAGUCCUGCACGUGGUGCAACCUCAGAAGUGGGAGUGAGCGGAAGCAGCCGUGCACGGCCACACAGGACACGGUCUGCCGCUGCCGGGCGGGCACCCAGCCCCUGGACAGCUACAAGCCUGGAGUUGGUGAGCUCGGUGGCUGCGGCCGGCAGUUGGGGGUGUGCGUAGCGGCUGUCUGUGACGCAGAUGGGCCGUGGGCUGCAGGGACCUGGCCCCACCGGUGCCUCCUCUGGCACCCUCAAGACCGAGCUCCUGGGUCAGGGCCUGCGGGUGGGGUGUGGGCAGGGAGGGCUUCCAGAGGCCAAACCCACCACCCGGCCGUCGGGGACAAGUGCCUGCCCCAUAUCCCCAGCACCUGGGGCCUGUGGGCAGCCCCUGACCACCCUAUCUUUGUUGCAGACUGUGCCCCCUGCCCUCCCGGGCACUUCUCCCCAGGCGACAACCAGGCCUGCAAGCCCUGGACCAACUGCACCUUGGCUGGGAAGCACACCCUGCAGCCGGCCAGCAAUAGCUCGGACGCCAUCUGUGAGGACAGGGACCCCCCAGCCACGCAGGCCCAGGAGACCCAGGGCCCCCCGGCCAGGCCCACCACUGUCCAGCCCACUGAAGCCUGGCCGAGAACCUCACAGGGACCCUCCACCCGGCCCGUGGACGUCCCCGGGGGCCGUGCGGUGGCCGCCAUCCUGGGCCUGGGCCUGGUGCUGGGGCUGCUGGGCCCCCUGGCCAUCCUGCUGGCCCUGUACCUGCUCCGGAGGGACGGGAGGCUGCCUCCCGAUGCCCACAAGCCCCCUGGGCGAGGCAGUUUCCGGACCCCCAUCCAAGAGGAGCAGGCCGACGCCCACUCCACCCUGGCCAAGAUCUGACCUGGGCCCACCAAGGUGGACGCUGGGCCCCGCCAGGCUGGAGCCCGGGGGGUCUGUUGGGCGAGCAGGGCAGGUGCAGGCCGCCCGCCCCGCCACGCUCCUGGGCCAACUCCGCACCGUUCCAGGUGCCGCUGGCUGCCUCCGGCUCUCUGCUUACGUAUGCCAUGCAUACCUCCUGCCCCGCGGGACCACAAUAAAAACCUUGGCAGA